UUCGUGGAUAAAUUUGUUUAAAAAUUAAGUUUAAUAAUUACAAUGUUUAAUUAUUACCAAAUUGUGGGAUUAUCAUCGAAAAAGAAAAGGAAUUCUUCUGGGUGCCCAGUGGAUCAGGCCUAUCUUUGACUUUACUUCGAGAUAUUCAUCAUUUACGGAAUGCUGAAGAAGAGUGUGUGUAGAGAAAAUAAGACGGAGAAAGAAGAGAUGAGAUGAAAAGAAAUGAAAACAAAAAAAAAAGAAAAAAGAAAGAAUGAGAAAAGGAUAGAGGUAGCAUUCAACCCUGCUUUCUUAAACAGAGAGCAAGAUCUUCGAAGAAGAUACAAGGCCAAGAACCGAUCUCACGAAGGCCAGAAUCCAGUAGAAAAACCUGCAAGUACGUUGAAAAUGGAUUAUUUAACUGAAAGGAGAAUAUCGCAAGCUGAAUUGGACAGACGUUAUACUUGGCUUCAACAAGCAAGAUUGAGCAUGUCAUCUAUAAAAGAUCGUUGUCGUAUCAUUCACGAGGUUCGUUUUCCUGAUACUUUCAAUGGUCUGUACAGUACACGUUUUUCUGCUGAUGGUGACAUUAUUGUUGCAUGUUUUGGAACAGGCAGUAUUCAAAUUCGUAGUGGCGAAACUGCGCAAUUGAAAGCUACAUUGAGAAGCGGAAUGGCAACUUCGUUUCCAGUUAUGUGUUGUAGAUUUCAUCCGUUAAAAAAGAAUACAUUUUAUGCGUCUAGCGCAUGCGGCAAUAUUUUUCAAUGUAACACGGACAAUAAAGAAUUAAUCAGAUUUAUUUCAGAACCGAAAAAUGAAGUUAAUACGAUAGACGUUAGCACAGAAGGAAGUUAUUUGGUUACUGGUGGUAAAGAUGCAGCUGUUAGAAUUUACGAUUCCGAAACUGGCAAGCCAGUACUGACGUAUCAAAAAACUGACGCUGAUAUGAUACAUAAAAAAGUCACGAGAUUUCAUCGCAUGAGAAUAUUCGCCGCAAGGUUUCACAAUAUUUAUACGAAUUUGAUUAUCACCGGAGGCUGGGAUGAUACAGUUAGAAUUUGGGAUAUCAGAGACGGUGGUGGAUCCAUUAGAACGAUCAAAGGACCUCACAUUUGUGGCGACGCUAUUGAUUUACGAGAAUCACACAUUUUGACGGGUUCCUGGGUUGUUCGUGAAAGUCUUCAAGUUUGGGACUUGAUGAGUGCUAAAUUAAUCGAGACUAUAAAACCACGAAACAGACCAACCACAUUAGAAGGAGAAUUUCUUUAUACAGUUCAAUACUUUGAUGGAGAUCCUUAUGGGGAUCAUAUACUUGCUGGUGGUUCUGGUACCGGUGCUGUUGAAGUAAUCAGUAUAAAGGAACAAAAGGUAAUGGGUAGUUUCAUCGUAAAUAAACCGGCUAUUGCGUUGGACAGUAAUGGAACUACAAUAGUCUACGGUGGUAUGGAGUCUGUAAUUAGGCUUGGUAAUUAUAGUUGA